AUGAUCCCAGGAGGCUUGACUGAGGCCAGGCCUGCCACACCAGAAGUUCAGGAGAUUGCCGACCAGGUCAGAGCACAGCUUGAAGAGAAAACCAACGAGAAAUAUGAAAAAUUUGAAGCUGUUGAGUAUAAAACUCAAGUCGUCGCUGGAGUCAACUAUUUCAUAAAGAUGGAUGUAGGAAACGGCAAGUAUAUUCACUUGAAAAUCUUUAAAGGUCUUCCUGGACAAAAUGAGGGUGUGGAACUUAGUGGUUACCAGACUAACAAAACCAAGGAUGAUGAACUGACCUACUUCUGA